UGCAAAGAAUUAUGUUGAACAUUAAAACUUUUACUUCACCUAAUAUGGCCAUUCAAUGUAUGUGUUACAGUCCGUACGAUAUUUGUUGAGAGAAGAAAAAGACUCCUGCGUCACUUUCUUGGAAUUAAUCGCAUUCGAUUCCAGUGGUAGAAAAACAUUGGCGGCGCAGACUGGGGAUUUUUGUAUGGAGCAUAAUAUGGUAAGCCAAGCAAGUGAAAAUGAUAAGUUACCCGAACGAGAAAGUGAAGAAAAAAUAUGGCCACAAAUAUUAACAAUUCUUAUAGGAUGCCUGGCAAACUUAACUUGUGGCACUCUUUUGUCCUGGACCUCUCCAUUUAUAGUAAAACUCACCACAGACAAGGUAUACUAUGACAUCAGCGAGGAUGAAGCAUCUUACUUCACACUUAUACCACCCAUUGCAAUGAUAAUAUCCAGUUUCAUAUUCUCGAGGUUAAAUGACGUCUUAGGUCGGAAGCCCGUACUAAUUUUCGUCGCUUUUCCCUACAUCAUAGCAUGGAUACUGGCUGCUGUGGCAAAAGAUGUCUGGGUAUUCUACGUAUCCCGUUUCUUCGCAGGGAUCUCAGACGGUUGUUUGUACUCCUCUUUACCGAUGUAUAUUGGAGAAAUAUCUACCCCAAAAGUGAGAGGAACUUGGGGAAACUCUAUGACAUUUUUCUUAUAUCUGGGUCAAUUUAUAAUAAGUGUAGUUGGAAGCUAUUUCAACGUCCAACAAACUUCGUACAUUUGUAUUUGUAUACCUAUAGUUUAUUUGGUACUCUUCUCCUUCGUGCGCGAAUCUCCCUACUUCUACAUUAUAAAAGGAAAAUACGAAGAAGCAAAGGAAUCUGUAAGAUACUUCCGAAGAAAGCAAGACGUUGAAGAGGAGUUCCUUAUACUUAAAAAAGACGUCGAAAGACAAAUGUCUGAAUCAGGAACAUGGAAAGACUUAUUCGUGAUAGUCAGCAACAGAAGGGCACUUUACGCUGGUAUAUUUCUAAGGGCUUCUCAGCAACUAGGUGGUAUAACAGCUUUUAUGCUAUACACUCAAUACAUGUUCGAAAAAUCUGGAGGAAAUCUCAGCUCAGAAGUUUCUUCAAUGAUUUUCUUUGCUGCCAUAGUCGUUUUAAAUGUUGUUGGUGGAUCAGUUUUGGAGAAAUUGGGAAGAAGAAAAUCUUACUUUAUUUCAACUUUAUUUUGUGGUAUUUUUACUUUAAUCGAAGCAAUUUAUUUUUACAUAGACACAUUCCAAACACAAAUUAACAUACAAUUUUUAAAUUGGAUACCAAUAACAGCCGUAUUACUCUAUGUAGUUUUCUACUCUAUUGGCUUAGGCUUAAUUCCAACUCUGAUGCUUGGAGAAUUAUUUUCAGCUAGCAUUAAAGUCAAAGGAUUAUGUGUUCUAAAUAUGUUUUUUGGUCUAAUGAUUAUCAUAGUUACGAGAAUUUUUUAUCUGUUAACUACUUAUGUAGGGCUGUAUGCACCAUUUCUGUUUUUUACCUGCACCUGUUUCUUGUCGUCCAUCUUGUCAUUAUUCCUUGUGCCUGAAACUUCUGGGAAAUCUCUUGAGGCUAUACAGCAAUCUUUAAAAGGGAACAAAUAAGAUAAUAACUAUAAAAACUAACACUGUUAAUUGCGGUAAAAAUAAAAAACAUAUGUAGGUACAUACCUAUACUCCACGGUCGAAAUUAUAGAGAGUGAUUCAUCGCUAGC